AGUCAGCAAUAUUUAUUUACAAGACCCAGCAUUUUGCAACCUAGAUGUAUUUUCACUCUACUUAGAUCCAGCUGUCAGUCAGCAGCUUGAGUCCAAUGCCGACACAGAUUUUAUCCUUGCUGCUCGGAUCCUGUGCCCACAGUCUCAGAUGUGUGAAUGGACUCAAAUACAGCAACACGUGGAAAUCAUGCUCCGCAGCUUUACUGCAAUGGUGCCGGGCUCUUCACGUGGACAGUCCUCCUCAAAACCCAUCACUGACCACCAGCUAUGUCCACGGCACCUCCUCUUUCUCACUACUCCCCCUGACUGUGAGCCAGAGUCUGGAUGCAACUGCCCAACGCUGGCCUGAACGGGAAGCUGUGAUCUUUGUGCAGGAUGGCAUCCGAAAAACGUUUGCACAGUUUCAACAAGACGUUGACAAGGCUGCUGCAGGCCUCCUUGCUCUGGGGCUGAAGCGAGGCGAUCGACUGGGAGUCUGGGGGCCAAACACAUAUCAGUGGAUCCUUUUCCAGUUUGCUUCAGCCAAGGCUGGAAUCAUACUGGUGCCCUUGAACCCAGCCUAUCAGGUAAAGGAAGUGGAGUUCACUAUACUAAAGGUCCAGUGUAAGGCAGUGGUAUGUCCAACCAGCUUUAAAACUCAGAGAUUUUGUGAGAUGCUGAGGGAGAUUUGCCCAGAGAUUGGCACAACACCAGGAGGCAAAUUUAAAAGCUCCAGGUUGCCAUACUUGGAAAUGGUGAUUGUGACUGACAGCAGGCAGCCAGGGAUGCUCCACGUAGAUGAUGUGAUGCAAGCAGGGGAGAGUCGGCACCACAGAGAGCUGAUGGAUCUGCAGAGCAAGCUUUCCUUUGAUGACCCCAUCAACAUUCAGUUUACAUCAGGUACGACUGGGAACCCAAAAGGAGCUGUGCUUUCCCACCACAACAUUGUAAAUAAUGCCUACUUCCUGGGCCUCCGCGUCGGUUACGGCUGGAGACCUCGGGUGCGAGUGUGUGUGCCUGUUCCAUUCUACCACUGCUUCGGCUCCGUGCUUGGAGGAAUGAGCAUGGCAGUUCACGGCAUCACGCUAGUUUUUCCUUCCGCAGCCUACAACAGCUGUGCCAAUUUAGAGGCCAUUCAAAGUGAAAAGUGCAAUUUUGUGUACGGUACCCCCACCAUGUUCACUGAUCUGCUAAGCCAAGAUUUACAAAAAUAUGAUUUGUCUUCAGUUGAAGCUGGGAUCAUGGGAGGUUCUCCGUGCCCUCCAGAGAUUGUGAGAAGACUGACAACAGACAUGAAUAUGAAGGAGAUAACAUUAUGCUAUGGAACAACUGAAAAUAGUCCUGUUACAUUUCUUGGGUUUCCAGAGGACAACGAGGAGCUGAAGAUGAACACCGUAGGAUGCAUCCUGGGUCACACUGAGGCUAAAUUGGUGGACCCCACUACUGGGGAGAUUGUCCCUCUUGGGGCCUCAGGUGAGCUGCUGAUCAGAGGCAGCUGUGUGAUGCAUGGGUACUGGGAUGAGCCAGAGAAAACCAGAGAGGUGAUCUCCCAAGACCGCUGGUACAGGACUGGUGACACAGCCAGUCUGAACAGUCUGGGAUACUGCUCCAUUGAAGGACGCAUAAAGGAUAUGAUCAUUCGAGGAGGAGAGAACAUCUAUCCAGCUGAGAUAGAGCAAUUUCUCUACAAGCAUCCCAAAGUAAAGGAAGUGCAGGUGGUUGGAGUGAAAGAUGAGCGGCUGGGUGAGCAAGUUUGUGCUUGCAUCAAGCUGAAGGAGGGUCAGAGUUCCAGUGCGGAAGAGAUAAGAGCUUUCUGCAAAGGCCAGAUUUCUCACUUCAAGAUCCCACACUAUGUGUUAUUUGUGGACAGCUACCCUCUCACGGUCUCUGGAAAGAUCAAGAAGAACAUAUUAAAGGAAACAAUGGAGAAGAAGUUGGGCCUUUAAUUUUGUGUCCACAGUUGGAGAGCACCUGAAAUGCAGAACAGUGGAAACUGGAACAUUUCCAUGUUCUUUUUAAAUUGUAGUUGUGGGGUGCUAUAUAAAUAAAAAUUAUUACAUU